AUGAUACGUACAAACAAACAUUCUAAACAAACCAAAAAGUCUAAGAUCUCUGAUGAUUUCACUGAGCCUCAUUCAAAAUUAUUAUUAGAACGUUUCCCCUACACAACAAAAGAUUUUUAAUUGAAAGAUGUUCCUAUAUUAACUAUAGAUCAAAGCUUUUUUGCUGAUCCAUUCAAAACUAUAGAUGAUCUAUAUGCAAAAGGUUAUGAAAAAUUUGGAAUUGUUAAAUUGAUUCUGCCUCCAGAUUUAGUGGUUCCAAAUAAGAAAUUCUUUUCUUUGUUAGAGUCUAAGCUUAAGGGUAAGAGACUAUAAACUCGUAUCUAAACACUGAACACCCAAAGAGCUGGAGAAGUAUUUUGAUUUAUUAGCUUAGAUAUUUGGUUCAAACUCUAUAGGAUUUACAAUAUAGGAAUAUAUGAACCUUGCAAAUAAGUUUGAGUGCACUCAUAAAUUACAAGGGAUGAGGGAAGUUUCUAAUCAGAUUCGAUAGAAUGAAAUAGAGUUCUGGUCAAUUAUUGAUUAUCCAACUAAAUAUGAAGAUAUUGAAGUGGAAUAUGCAGCAGAUCUCUUAGCAACUAAAUAUGCAACUGGAUUUUAGGAUGGUUAGUUAGGGAAUCUCAGUGGAAUAAAUAAAAAUAGGAAUUCGAUUUUCUAAGUUCUUUAAGAAAAGAAUGAAAUGAGUGGAAUUUCAGUACCAUGGUUAUACUUGGGCAUGAAAUAUGCUAAUUUCUGUUGGCAUAAGGAGGAUCUUAAUUUAAAUUCAAUGAAUUAUAUGCAUGCUGGAGCUGCAAAGACAUGGUAUUCUAUUUGAUUAAAUAAUCAUAUAGGUAUGCUAUCCCACCUAGUUACAGUGAUAAAUUCCUCUAAUACUUCAAUAAAGCAUAUGAGAAUGAAAGGAAAUAGAAUCCACGAUUAUUGUACGACAUCACUUGUCAAAUCUCACCUGUAGAAUUGGUUGAGAAUGGAAUCCAAAUUUUAAGAACUGAUCAACAACCAGGUGAACUAAUAUUAACUUUGGGAGCUACCUACCAUGCAGGUUUUUCUCAUGGUAUUUAUUUAAAUAAAAAUUAGGGUUCAAUUGCAGUGAAGCUGUAAAUGUGGCUCCAACUUAAUGGCUUAAAGAGUUCGAUAAGGCAACCUAAGAAUACCGUAUGGAUGGGAAUUUAAAGAAGGUAAUUUGUAUAAGUGAUUAUUUAUUUAGGUGAGUUUCCCUUUGGAAUGGUUACUAUGUAAAGUGGCUUUGAUGGUUGAUGAGAUAAGGUUUACUAAAUAAUCUUGGUAAAAGGUAUAUUUUUUUUUAAAUUACUUCUUAGUUAUUUGAGAAAUUCAAACAAAUGAUGGAUUAAGAAAUUAACAAUCGUAAAUGUAUACUAAAUUUGUAUGAUCAUGUUAAGACAAUUGAAUUUGUUAAUAAGUAGGAGAAGUAUGAUCGAAGUGUCUGUAAGAUCUGCUCCAAUUAUAUGUUUUUAAGUUACAUUUUUUGUGGGAAGUAUUAAUUUCCUAAAUUUCUUUAGAUGUAUAAAGAAGGGAUGUAUUUGUCAUUAAAGUAUUUGUGCUUGUGCCUCUCCGUAAAUAUCACUCUAUAUUCGAUAUAAUAAUGAGGAACUAUAAGCUAUGCUUGCUACAUUAGAGUCCAAAAUAAAAACAACGGGGUCGUGA